UUGCACUCAUCGCUCAGGCUCUGUGUUCACGAGACUGUGUCUUUAAGAGAGCCGCAUUACAGGUGGGAUGACGCUGUCUGAGAGAUUCGGUGUGCUGGGGACGAUGUGUUUCGUGGGUUAACAGCAGCACUCAUUUUUGCCCCUGUCUCUGAUGCUCAAGAAAAGGUGGUGUCUAUUAUUCACUGCCGAAGAAACACGGCUCCGCGAUUCUUCUCUUCAGACCCAAUACUAAUGCUGUAUCCAUGUGCAAUGCUUCUGACAGCUUUACCCCAACUAAAUCUAAAGGUUGAUGACCCUAUUGAUAUGCUCCCCAAGUCAAGAAAAGCUCUUAGCAUCCAGGAAAUUGCAGCUCUGGCUAGAUCAUCCUUUAAUGGCAUCUCACAGGUGGUGAAGGAUCACGUGACCAAACCCACGGCCAUGGCUCAGGGUCGGGUGGCUCAUCUGAUUGAGUGGAAGGGCUGGUCUAGGCCUUUAGACCCUCCAUCUGCUACACUGCAGUCCCACUUUAACUCCUACUCCCAUCUCAGCGAGGGCGAACAGGAGGCCCGGUUUGCAGCAGGUGUGGCUGAGCAGUUUGCUAUUGCAGAGGCGAAGCUCCGUGCCUGGACCUCUGUAGAUGAGGAGGAGAUGGACGAAGAGUCUUAUGAAGAAGAUCCUCCUCUAUAUGACCAGCCAAUCACAACUCUGAACUCAGAUGCUGUAUUAUCCAAUCAAAGCUGCCCAGUGCCAAGUCAGGCUGAGACAGAUGUCGCUGAAAUCCCGCUCAAUCAGUCAGACACCGAGCGGAGUGUGAAGGGACCCUGCUACGCCCAAACAGACACCGACGACCUGCUCUUCUCAGAAGAAGUGCCACCACAUGCCCAAGAACUCCUGCUUUCAGAAGGGGAGGGCGACAGGGCGACGUGUGCGGUUCACAAACCAGACCGCAGGCCUUUGUGGAGCAAGGGAGAUUCCUGCUACUACUCCACCUCCUACUCCGAGUCUGGCCUCUCACCCGAGGAGGAGGAUGGAAGAGAUGUGGAGGAAGGGGAGGACAACGUCUUUCAGGAAGUCAUCCGCUGGUACAGACACUGCCGAAGCAUCUCUGAUACCUCUGGAGCCGUGUCUUUUGACGAGGAAGAGGAGGAGGAGGAGGAAGAGCAGGAAGACGGUUCCAAGCAGUGACGCUUGUGCUCUCGCUCGCCCUUUUGUCUCGGUCCCUUUGUAGUAACCCUUCUGUGAAGUGUUUGUCUAGUCUGUUACGCAUUCAGACACGAUGGCUUGUUUUUCUUCUCCAUACUUUUAAAGGGAUAGUCUAUCUAAAAAUGAGAAUUCAGUCACCAUUUACUCUCCCUCUUAAACAUGUCCACUUAAAUAUGGAAAAUUCUGCCUUGGCAACUAGCCAUGGUUCAAGGUAAUUUCAAGCAAUUAAAAUGAGUUUAUGGUUUUAAUGAUAACAACUGCUGAAAGUGAAUGGUGACUAUGGCUGUCAAGCAAAAAUUUUAGCAAACAAUGACUUAAAUUUUAGUCUGUUUGUCGCAUAAAGAUCCAUUGGACAACUUAUGAUACUUUUAUGGUGCUUAUUUGAAGGUCACCGUUGACUUUCAUUGUAUAGAAAAGAGCAGCGUGGACAUUCGUCGAAACGUCUUCUUUUGUGUUCCACUGAGGAUAAAAACUGCAAGUAACUGAGGACAGAAUUUCUAUUUUAGAGAGAACCGCCCCUUUAAUCUGUUCCUCUCUUUCCCUGCUUCUUCGUUUGAAAUGAGCGUUCGAGAAAUCUACGGUACUGUUUCCUCAUUCAAGCGGCGAGUAGGAUGAUAGUGACAUUAUGAUGACAGUUUCCAGUGAAACGCUCAUUACCUGUGCUCUUGGUGUAUUCAGCAGCUUCGCCGUUUGUCGCAUAUCUGUGACGACACAUGCAUCAAGAGACUGGAAUAUCUCUGUGAGGAACAUGGUUUUAAACGUUUUUCUUCUGUGACCAUUCAAAAGUGACAUAAUGCUCAUGGUAAGAUGUCUUUAAAACUUCAGGGCCGCAGGUUUCCUAGGGGACAUACAAAGCCCCCUUCUUUAUUUUUUUGGGGGGGUUUAGAUGUGUCUCGGCUUAUUGCUCCAGAACGGUUGAGGUGCAGGAAGGUGUCUGCUUUGAUGCAGCGUUGUAACUAUGAAUAGAAUGUGCCUGUUAUUAUGAUCACUGUGUGAUGUAUAUUACCAAACUAUGGAAGGCUGUUUCUGCCACAAAUGGAAAAAAAGACAUGCUUUGGUAAAUCGUGCCAUUAGAAGUUAAAAUUAUGACAUUAUGACAGACUAAUUAUGUACAAAUUUACCGAAGUUGAAAUUGAGUCGGAAUCAUGACAUCAUUUAUGAGAUGAAAAGUCAAAUUAUUACAAAAAUCCUAAUUAUGAGACAUAAACUAAAUUAUAAAAAGAGACUAAAAUCAUGUCAUUAUGACAUUGGCAUAUAUUUUUGUCAUAAUUAUUCUAAUUUAGACUUUUUAUCUCAUAAUAAUGCCUUAGUAUCUUACUUAGUAACUUAUUUUAUAAUUAUAUGUUUUUAUGUCGCAGUUGAUUUGCCAAAGCAUUAUCUUUUCCUAUGUGGCAGAAAUGGCCUUGCAUACCAAAAUGAGUGAGAAUCCUCUACCAUAUUUCUUUUCCUUUUUUUGCCUUCCUUUUCCUCCCUAUCUGCACUUCAUGUUUGAUUUGUGAUUGGCUGCUAAAUGAACAGGUUUUUUUGAAGAUAGUAGUUUAACCUUGACAUGCAGCUACAGUAAAAGAGUAGACAGAAAGUAUAUGUUGCCUUUCCGAACUGCAUUCAUUCAUUGCAGAAGCAUGUGGAAGGGCAGUGUAAAUUCAUAACCAACCACGUUUUUGUCAUCUUUAUCCCAUAUAUGGACCGGUAAUGUCAUGAUGUUCAUUGAUGUGAAUGUGUGAAUCUCCCCAAAACGUUUUUUUUUAUUAUUAUUAUUAUUUUUUAUUAUUGUUUGUACAGAAAAUGUCUGAGGUCAAAUGUGAGAAUUAUGAUUGCAUUAAAGUUAUGUGUAUAUUCA